UUCAAUGUUGAAAUUUUUGUUACUAACAAGCUAAAAAUAAACAACUUUCAAUAAUUUAUUGUUGUCAGAGGAAAUUGUAAGAACUAAUUUAUGUUAUGAUAAUACAGGAGUAAAAAAAAGUUAUGCAUAGAUAACCCGUAACAUGCGAUAAUUAUCAGUUUAAACAGAAUUAAAAAUCUAAGGACAAAUUUUCCAUAAUAUAUUAUGAAGCAUUAAAGUAACAUUCAUUCACGCUACUAGUUACGUUACUAGUCUGACAGUCUGACGCGAAAUCAAGAUUCGUUAUGUCUACCAAAAGCAUACCAUACUUUUUAUCAGGGUCGGUAGUUAGGGGGUUUGGCAGAGGUUCCAAAGCCUUGGGGAUACCUACAGCAAAUCUUGAAGACGAGAUAGUAAAUAAUUUGCCUGGUGAUCUUAGUACUGGAAUUUAUUAUGGAUGGGCUUCUAUAGACGGACAAACUUAUAAAAUGGUUGCUAGUAUUGGUUGGAAUCCGUUUUAUAAAAACGAAAAAAAGACGGUGGAGAUACAUUUAAUGCAUAAAUUUGAGAACGAUUUUUAUGGGAAACAAAUUAAAGCUGUUUUUACGGGAUAUGUACGACCAGAAAAAGAUUUUACUUCUGAAGAGGAAUUAAUUCGAGCGAUAAAAGAUGAUAUUACAAUUGCCAAAGAACAAUUACAGAAACCAGAUAUGGCGGUUUAUAAAGAUAAUUCAUUCUUUAAGGAAUAAUCUGAUUGUAUAAGAGUACUAUAAUCAUAAUUUGUAUUACAAAUGAUAUGAUCAUGUUAUGGCAAUAUUUCCUCACUAUAUGCGGAAAUAAUAUUAACUCAUACUCUAAUUAGGGAUAAUGUCUAUAAUAUAAAUACCUUUAAUUAUUAAUUUCAUAUUAUAUAUAUGUAUAACUUGCAUUAUAUAAUUUAUAUUAUUUUCAAUAUACAUACAAUUAUAUAUAUAA